GGGGUGUGGGGAGCGCGCCGGAGCCUGGCAUGCCCCAGUGUGGACGUGAGUCACUCCGCGGAGCCCCUCGCAGCAGCAGCAGCCGCCGCCGCCCGCCAGGCUCCCCCCACAUGCCGGCUCCCCGCCGCUCCGGGGCUCAGUUGCCCGCCGCGCUUGCCCGGCUCCCCGCCGCCUGCGGCUGAUGCUCGCUGCUCCCCAGCUGCUCCGAGCCUGCCCGUGUGGACCGUACAAAGCCCGCAGCCCGCGCCGCUGUCCGGGGGCUGCCUUGCCUGGGAGGAGCCCACGGCUACCAGGAAGGGACCAUGUACGUAGACCCGGAGGCUGCCGGCAAAGGAGUGCCCUCCCGCGAUGUCCUCCUGGUCUCAGCCAUCAUCACCGUCAGCCUGAGCGUCACCAUCGUCCUGUGCGGGAUCUGCCAGUGGUGCCAGCACAAACUGGGUAAACGUUAUAAAAAUUCCUUGGAGACGGUGGGGACCCCGGAUUCCAGCCGAGGGCGCAGCGAAAAGAAAACCAUCAAUGAUCUAGACAGAGACUUUUGGAAUAACAAUGACAACACAGUGCAGCAGAAAUGGAGCUCCUACCCUCCCAAGGAGUUUAUACUAAACAUUUCACCUUACGCCCCAUACGGUGAUCCACGACUUUCCCUCAAUGGCUCUCUGCUAUCGGGCGCUAAGUUGGCCGCCUCUUCCGCUCCGGGGUUGGCGGGGGAGCGAGAAGGACGCCCGGGGGAGAAGCAGCAGCUCCGCGAGGACGGCAUGAAGAGCAGCCUGUCUGCCCACAGCGAGCCCAGCAAUGGGAAGGCGGGGAGAGGCCGAUGGCACACGGUGCAGAGCCACCUAGCAGCAGGGAAGCUCAGCCUAUCCAAUUUCGAGGACUCCACCAUGUCCACAGCCACUACCCUUGAGUAUAUCCCCACCUCAGCAGGAGACCCGAAAUGCCAGCGCCCACGCACACUGAUGCGCCAGCAGAGCCUCCAGCAGCCGCUGAGCCAGCACCAGAAAAGCAACCACAGCCAGCCCACCACCAGCCAGAGCCUGGGGCACCUACAGUCUCACACCAGCUCCUCUUCCAGUGGCAGCAACCCCCGGGGCUACCGGAGCGGCCAGUCGCGGCAAGGAGUCUCGGCUGGCUCCAAGCACCGGACAGCUGGCGGCCGGAGCCGCUCCAACCCUGGGAGCUGGGACCACGUGGUGGGGCAGAUUCGCAACCGAGGCUUGGAUGUGAAGUCCUUCCUGGAAGGCCGGAUGGUGGUGUUAUCCCUGGUUCUGGGACUUUCGGAGCAGGACGACUUUGCCAAUAUACCUGAUCUGCAAACCGCUGGGAACCAGCAGGCGCAGAACUCUCAGGGGGACAAGAGGUUGCCAUCUGGAGGCAAGAUGGUGAACACAGCCCCUAUGCCCGGGCAGACCCAGCAUGACGAGUCUGACCGCAAAACGGAGCCUCGCUCGUCCGUCUCGGACCUGGUGAACUCCCUGACCAGUGAGAUGCUAAUGCUCUCCCCAGGCUCUGAGGAUGACGAGGGACACGACAGCUCCAGCAGGGAGAACCUAGGCCGAAUCCAAUUCAGCGUCGGCUACAACUUCCAGGAAUCCACCCUGACUGUCAAGAUCAUGAAGGCUCAGGAGCUGCCGGCCAAGGACUUCAGCGGCACCAGUGACCCUUUUGUCAAGAUCUACCUGCUGCCUGAUAAAAAGAACAAGCUGGAGACCAAAGUGAAGAGGAAGAACUUGAACCCGCACUGGAAUGAGACCUUCCUCUUUGAAGGUUUCCCAUAUGAGAAGGUGGUGCAGCGGGUGCUGUAUCUCCAGGUUCUGGACUAUGACCGCUUCAGUCGCAAUGACCCCAUCGGAGAGGUGUCCAUUCCACUCAACAAGUUGGACCUGACCCAGAUGCAGACAUUCUGGAAGGAGCUGAAACCCUGCAGCGAUGGGAGCGGAAGUCGGGGAGAACUCCUCCUGUCCCUUUGCUACAACCCUUCCGGUAACUCCAUCAUUGUGAAUAUCAUCAAAGCACGGAAUCUGAAAGCCAUGGACAUCGGGGGGACUUCAGACCCCUACGUCAAGGUGUGGCUGAUGUACAAGGACAAGAGGGUGGAGAAGAAGAAGACGGUGGUAAUGAAGCGGUGCCUGAACCCAGUCUUCAAUGAGUCCUUCAUCUUCGACAUCCCCACCGAGAAGCUGCGAGAGACGACCAUCAUCAUCACCGUCAUGGACAAGGACAGGCUGAGCCGCAACGAUGUCAUUGGCAAGAUUUACCUGUCCUGGAAGAGUGGCCCCGGCGAGGUGAAGCACUGGAAGGAUAUGAUCUCCCAUCCCCGGCAGGCCGUGGCACAGUGGCACCAGCUGAAGGCCUGAGCGGCAGCGGCUGAGAAUUCUUUCUGGCUUUCACCGCUCGGAGUCGACGUUUCUUGGCCAUACUCUCACUACUUUAUGCACAACGGAGGCACCUGGGGAUCCCCCUAGGGGAUGAGCUCGGGGCUGACAAGGAGCUGAGGGUGUGAAGUUGGCGACGUUUCCAAACUCUGGGAAGCAGCGUUGGCCGCCCGCUGUGUCCACGGAGCGCCCGGCACCAAUGGGAGCAUCUUUAGUGCCCGACUUCCUGCUUUAACCUUUCCUUCUGACUCGUUACGCCGAGAGAGAGACGCCAGCCCUCUAGGUGGGAAGAAGCCUCGGCGCUGGUUUGUUUUGGCCCUGGGGGGAGGGGAAGUGGUGUUGGCGCGACUGGCUCUGUGAGGUGGUGAGAGGAGGAGACGCCUCCGCCACACGAGACUUCCUACGAGUUCUUCCAGCCCAAGGCCCGUUGGGAGCGGUCCCCCGAGGAUGCCAGCUUCUCCUAGGGGGCGCGUGGGCCUAGGAGGGGGGCUGGCAAGGGGGACGCGCCUUUCGUCUCCUUGAGGUCAUUUAUUUUUAAUUCAAUAAAACUUGUAAGAGUAAUAAGAAUAAUAUAAGUAAUAGCGGCUAGAAUCCCAUCCUGGCCAGGGCUGGGGGAAGCCGCGUCACUCCAACAGCCUCCUGUGCGUUUGCUGUGUGUGUGUAUAAGCGUGUUGUAAGUGUCACAUGUUUGCGUGCGGGCUGCUCACGUCUCUCUCGCUCUCUGCCCUGCCUGGGAAGCAACCCCUGAUCCCACAGGACGGUGGUGGUUCCAGUGUGGGAGGUGGGGUUUUUUAAUUGGCUGGUGCGUGGCGUUUGAAGGAACUGAUGCCACAGGGGGAGUGGGGCCAGUCUCUGCUGCCAGUUGAUGCUUGAUAGGGAGGGAGGCGGAAGGAGCCGGCCACCAGACAGGGUCUCCCCUCGUGACCACUCUGUUGCAUACGGGAUUGGAAGCCAUAACAGAUGGAUCGGUAGCCAAACUGGGCUCGGCUUUAGGGCUAAUGAGAGCUUGACUGUAGACACCUCCCUCUGGCUGCUGAGGGCCUCAUCCUGCUCAAACUGAGAGAAUGUCCCAGCUCCCAAACACUGCCACGCUCCUAGGCAUAUGGACCCCGAAACAGCCCACCCCUCCAGCACUCAUCCCCCAACAAGACCCCAGACACCCUCACCACAAACAGCCCACUUCUCCAGCACCCAUCCCCCAACCCAACCCCAGACACCCCACACCCUCACCGUACACAGCCCACCCCUCCAGCACCCAUCCCAACCCUAAACACCCUCACCAUGCACAGCCCACCCCUCCAGCACCCAUCCCAACCCUAAACACCCUCACCAUGCACAGCCCACCCCUCCAGCACCCAUCCCAACCCUAAACACCCUCACCAUGCACAGCCCACCCCUCCAGCACCCAUCCCCCAACCCGACUCCAGACGCCCCACACCCUCACCAUACACUGCCCACCCCUCCGGCACCCAUCCCCCAACCCGACCCCAGACACCCCACACCCUCACCAUGCACAGUCCACCCCUCCAGCACCCAUCCCCCAACCCAACUCCAGAUGCCCCACACCCUCACCAUACACUGCCCACCCCUCCGGCACCCAUCCCCCAACCCGACCCCAGACACCCCACACCCUCAUCAUGCACAGCCCACCCCUCCAGCACCCAUCCCCCAACCCGACUCCAGACGCCCCACACCCUCACCAUACACUGCCCACCCCUCCAGCACCCAUCCCCCAACCCGACCCCAGACACCCCACACCCUCACCAUGCACAGCCCACCCCUCCAGCACCCAUCCCAACCCUAAACACCCUCACUAUGCACAGCCCACCCCUCCAGCACCCAUCCCCCAACCCGACCCCAGACGCCCCACACCCUCACCAUGCACAGCCCACCUCUUCAGCACCCAUCCCCCAACCCGACUCCAGACGCUCCACACCCCCACCAUACACAGCCCACCUCUCCAGCACCCAUCCCCCAACCUGACCCCAGACGCCCCACACCCUCACCAUACGCUGCCCACCCCUCCAGCACCCAAUCUGCCCUAGGCCUCAGAGGUGCUGUCUGUGAAGGUUUCCCACUUGCUAUCUGUCUCCCCCUAGCUGUGGGAUUGGAUAUGGCCCCUCCUCCUCAAUCCAAAUGUGAUGCCACCCCAUGAUGGGGUCUCCUGCAUGGGCUGCGGUAGCAGGCGGCCAUUUCCUGGUGGCCCAUUUGAGCCCAUACCAAGCGCCCCACUGGGCCACGUCCGCCGGAGCAGCUGACUGGGCACCUUGGGUGCUCUGUUCCCCACCCCCCACCGUUCUGGGCAUUGCUGCUCAUUUCCUGGCAGUACGACACUGGGGCAAAGGGGCUGCACCUCGCCUACGAACGGGCACAAAAGAACUAAUGUCACCCAGACGCCCCUGCUAGGUGUUGAAGAACGCCAGAGCGCUGGGGCAUGGGAACGCUGUGGACACAUCCCACCCCCACAUGCCCAUCGCCCACCAUUCCCCACAAGCAGGGGGCCAGACUGGCCUAGCUGUGAGCGCGCCAGGCCUGCUGCUACACCACUGCCUACACCGCCCCCUGCUGGGAGCGGCUGGCACCAGCCUAGCCAGGAGCAGCCCAUGGCCCGCACUCCCCGCAUGACCCUGCCUGCUGCCCAGCACGUCACGCAGCCCCAGGGCUCCGAGCUGCCCCGGCCCUUCCUCUGCCCCUUUGAAGGGCCUGUUACUCUCCAUUCCCGCCAGGGCUGAGCCGGGGGGGGGGGGGUUGUGGUGAAUUAAGCAUCGGCCUCGCUAGACCCUGCUAGAGAGCUAGCUGGAAACUGCCCGUCUGCUUUGGCGCCCAAGCCAUGGGCCCGGCAAGAGCGCCCGCACAGCUGCAGAGCCUCCACCGGGUGGCACUGUAGGGCCAUAGGCAGAGCAGCACCGGGGCUCUGGCUCCGGCUGAUCGCCCUUGGAGUCACUGCCCAGGUUGCUGGCCAGGGAGCCCCGCAGAGACUAGGCGCUUCCAGAGUUGCCCUCCCGGCCCCCCAUCUGCGCAUGGGGCUGGUCCCUGAUUCCCCCGCUGGCAGAAACACAGCGCUCAGGCCCUGAACUAGACUCUAGGCAGGCGGCUGGUACAUGCCAGCCAGCUCUCCCCAAUCCCUGGGCCAGUACAGCUGCCCCCUUGCUAUGCAUGGCCCUCUGGGACCCUCUUUCCAGGGCACCAUGGCUGCUCCCCUGCUGAGGCCUGGGCUCCUCACCAUUGUUCCCCAGCCCCAUGUCGCUGGUUCCCCCCCCCCCAGCCACUCCUCUUACUGGGGCGCCAUAAAAUGGUUCACCUUUGCCACACAGCCCCCCCCCUCGCAAAAAAAGUGUGUCCCCCCUCCAAGCCGGGCUCCUGUCACAAGUUCACUGUUCCCAGCCCACCCACACACCCCCCGUCACACACAGGGCUGCAGUGCCAAAAGCUGGCUGCUUGAAGGGACUCUGCCCCCCCCAACACACACACACACACCUUGCUCUGCCCACCGUGGGUGUGUUGAGUGCUGAGGCAGCUGGCUAGAUGGUGGAAUAGGUGCUGAGGCCAUUGGGUGGGAGGAUGGCUGCUCGGUAGGGCGAGUGGGGUAGUUGCAAGGGUGCUGUGGAUGAUAGAUGGGAGGGUGAAGGUCCUUGGGGUGGGUGCCAAGACUGAUAGAUGGGGGGAAGGGUUAAGGGGUCCAGACCUGAUUGAGGGAGAGGGUGUCAGGGCUGGGUACUGGGACUGAUUGGUGCACGUGUGCCUGGGGUGGCUGCAGGGGCAGCUGGGUGGAUGGCUGAGUUAGGUACUGAGACCACUGGGUAGGCUGGUGCCUGGGGUGGUGACUGGGUAGGUGAAUGGCAUGAUAGGGUGAGUGCUGGGGUGUCUCGGUGCUAAGUGGAUGGUUAGGUAUCGGGUCGGGUACUAGGACGUGUAGGUGGGGGAAUGCGAGGGGGGAUACUAGGGUGAAACCAGGUAGAGGGUGUGCUCCCCUAGACCAUGGGAGCUCUGCAUUUAGUGAUGUCUAGGCUGCCUUGCUGCACUCAUGCCCGGCUGGGUGGUGGAGUCACAUGGCACGUUGCCCUGGGUGAUGACAACAUCUAUUCAGUUUCCCUUGUGAUGUUCUGGAACCCUCAGAGCUGGGGUGGGGGGCAGGGAACACUGUGUCCAUUGUUGGGUGAGAUCAUUAACGCCUACUGACGAGGCCAGCUGCCUCUCAUUAGCGGUCCUCACUAGGUCCAUGCACACGCCGUCCUCGCUUGACGCUGUCAGUCUCACUGGCCUUGCUCUAAUCUACCCUUUUUUAGAUGAGAUCACUGAAGAGACUGUGGGAGGACACCUUGGGUGUCAUGUAGAGUCCAUAGGUUGCCUUGAUUCCUUUCCAUUUGUGGCAUGGAGGCUGCACUAGUCUUGCUGCCUGAUGAGUUCCUAGUGAUGGACAAAGUUCAGGUAUCACCAUGUUCCUUGUAGAUCUGCCAGCAGCCUUUGGAGCUGAGGACCUUGAGGGUUGGUUGACUCUAUUGAAGAUCGUAGCUAGGGCUGAUGAGAUGGCUCUGGCGUAGGUCUGCUCAGGGCAGGUGAUGCUGGGCAAUUGCUUUAUUGACGGAAGGACAUGUUCAUGUGUGGUACGCUGCAAUUCCAUUAGGUCCUGUUCAGUUUGUGCAUGAGGCCACCAGGGGCAGAGGAGACUGAGACAUUACAGGCCACAGCAAUGUCCUUGUUAUGUCAGUGGCAGGUCGCGCGCCAUCUCCAUUUCCUGGCGCAAUGAUGCUGGUAGGUUGGGUACCAGUUAAAGUGUAUGGCUGGGGGUUACUGAAAGGUUGUUCCCACCCUUUAUUAGUGCAGGUCCAAACUGGAGGUGCUGUCAGAACUCCAGCCUCCCCCGCAAUCUCAGGCAUCACUGGCAGCUUUUAUUCUUCUGCCUCUAGUCAGAUGAUUGUGACCAUCUCACUUGGACCUUGAUUGUUAUUCAGGCAUUGAUGGCCUCCAGACUGGAUUUCUGCCGUGCACUCUACACUGGCAGUCCCUUGGAGAUCAUCUGGGUUGUAGCACUGGUGCGAAACCUGGUAAUGAGCUGUGUCCGGCCCAGUGAAAACGUUACACCUAUUCUUCCAGAGGCUAUAGUAGAUUCCCAUGAGCUUCCAGGUGUGAUUCACGGUGUCACUACUAAUCUAUAAAUCACAGGGUUGUUUUGGUCCUCACUACCGGUGCAACCACCUCCUUGGGUGCCACCUUGAUAAUUGAUGUCACUCUCAGUCUUAGGUUAUUCAUGGUUUUAAAAUCUAUUGGGGCAGCCUCAGGGAAGGCUCUCAACGCACGCAUUCACUUCUGCUUCCAUCCAGCCAACAGAGCCCAAGGUUCGUAACCUGGUGGGCGUGAUGUAAGGACCACCUACUCUCUCAGACCUUCCCUGAUUGGGGUGACUGAUAGGCUCUGUACAGUAGUUCACCUAUUUUUUAGGGCAUAAGAGUCUUUUCUUUGGUUGACAUAGUUAUUGUGUUAUGGUGUUUUUUCUACAUAACGUGCAGGUGCCUAGAGACAUUUGUGAUGGGCACAUUUUUAUAAAAUUAACAAUAAACCAUGACGGGAGGACGGAAGAAGGCCUACAGGUGAUGGGGAAAGGGUUGGGUGGACUUUUGGUUCUUUCUUGUUCCCCCAUUUUGUGGCAUCACUUCGCAGCUGAGCCAGUUCUUCAAAGCCCAGAGGAAGUGCUAAUAGGUUUAUUUAUUGGUCUGUGGGGGAAGGGACCCUGGGGAAGAAAAGGUCACUUAAAAACGCAGAGAGAGCAAGAGAGACGGUGAGACGGCCCUUAGCGAUCUGCGCUCAUUAGGUGAAAUAGUUACCGGUUUACUACAGAAAUAAAAACCAAACUCGUAUUGAUGUGGGAGGGGCGACAGCGUCUUUUUAUUUUUGUGCCCCACCCGUGCAGCUCUCAGCCAAUCAGAUGCAAGGAAACAUUCCAAAGGGAUACUUUUCGCAAAGGGGGACUUUCGCGCCAAAGCAAACUUGAAAACACGCAGCUUUCCAUGUCAGUAUUUGAGCUGAGCUGUGUUGAUGGGAACGGUUUCUCACCUGCAGCCCUUCCUCUGCCUCUUCCUGAGCCUCCGGCAAAGUCCGAGCUAGAGCUAGUCCAACUAUGGGAUGAAUGAUCGUCGUCCAGAGCCCCAUUCCUUCUAAUAUACACUAUUUGUUAUUCGGCCAUAGCUCGGGUGAUACCGGUGGUUCACAACUGUUUGAAACUGCUGCUGUUUCUGCUCCACUGAUUGCAUGAUGGAACCAUUCACAACAGGAGGAAAAAAAUUAACCAACUUUCUGGUAUGAACUUUUGCACCAACCUGUGCUAAAAUUGUGACUAGGAUCCUGUGUCGCUAGCCCCUGGCCAAACACUCCCAAAUUACAAGUGUGACAACCCUCAGGCAGCAGAGUGAACAGAAUUUGGCUCAUUUGGGCACAAAACUAUUCAGGACUCAAGGGGCAAGGGGCGUUUUACUAGUCCACCCACUCCUGUCAGAAGUCUGCCUCAGUGACAGCCCAGGCUGUGGCCAUGGUUACAACUGUGAUGUCUCAGCUUUGGCAUGGUGGCUCUUGCUGGACAGUGGAAGAAACAGAAGGGGGACGUGUGCAACCCCACCAGGAAAGAGUAAACUCGUCACCUGUGGAGGUGUUAAGGUGAGGCCAGCCCUGGGGUCCUCCAUGUCUGUGACGUGGAGCUGCCCUCUGAACUCCUGCUCCCUGGUGGCCUUCCACCCCCCUCCAGGCUGGGGUUUGGCUCCACAACUUCCAAAAUUCUCAGUGAAACUGAUUCAGUUUUGACCAUCACACUGGUCCCCGUGUGGCCUCAGGAAAACUGCUGCACCUCCGUGGGACUCUGAUUCUUCUUUGGUACAACAGGGAUAUUCCUACUUCCAGCCCAGGCUGAAUUCAUGACAUGCUGGGAGAUCCGGGCUAGCAAAGGGGCAGGGGUAGCUAACAUCCCAGAAGUCCUGGUACCCAUUCCUGCAUUGGCAGCCAUGUGACCAAUGUACGCAGCUAAUGUCAUGUGGAGAUGUAAAGCCACAAAAGGAAUGUAUUUAUGCAUCAAACUAAAGUUUUGCCUGCGAUGAAAGUCCCUCUUUAAAGUGCUGGACAAUCUUGACAGAAAUAAUCAUGUUAAGAAUAUUUGUAUUUUUUUUCAUAUUCUCUCUCCUUCUUUUUGUAAUCAAAGACACUUCCAAACCUGGCAGAGGAAGGGAAGAGGAGCUGAACGGGUUUCAUGCUGCUGGCUAACAGCAAUGGUGGCACUGACUGGCUGAUAAUAAGCAGGGUGGUGGCGUGGAGGGGCAAUAGUUGCCAUUCAACUGAUGAGGAGGCAGCAUGUCUAAUGGUUAGUGCAGAGAGGACAUGAAGCCAGGAUUCCUGGGUUCUAUCGCUGACUUUGCCACUGACUCACUGUGUGACUUUGGGCAAAUCACUGAACCUCGCCGUGCCUCAGUUUCCACACUUGUAAAAAGGGGCUAAUAAUACUUCCCUCCCUCGCUGGAGGGUAGGUUGUGAGGCUUAAUCUACAAGAACCAGUUUCGGAUCCCCAAAGUCACAUAGCGUCGUCCCCCAGUGCCACAAGAAACCCCAUUGACUUCAGUGGCAUUUUUUGUGGAGCAAGGUGCUUACUUAACACGAGUAACAGGAGACAAAUCCGGCCUCUGAGUAAAGCACUUUGAGAUCCUUCAAUGAAAGGUGCUAGAGACAUGCAAAGUACUAUUUUCAUUAUUGACCAAGCGGCCUCUCUGCCCGUGUUCCCACUGGCUUAGCAGCCGGGGCUAACCCGUUCCCCUUCCUUUCCCCAGGAGAGGUUUCUUUUGUAUGGCUGGAUUUCCAGGAGUUGCGUGUUCCUUUUUAACUCUAGAGCUCUUUGCUGUAUCUUGUUCGGGUAGCUCUUCUUCAUGUGCUGAUAACCAUCGAACUGGUGUGUAAAAUACAAGAAAACGAAAAAACAUAAUGACUAAACUGUAGACUUCUUUGCUAGCAGCAACGGCAGCAGCUGGGCUAGACACCGCUGCUGCCUCAUUUCUAUUGUGUUUGGGCUGAAGAGAUGUUAAACUCAUGGCGUUGCCGUAAUUUUAUAAUAGAAACAGAGAAAACACACCAAAAAAAUUAUAACGGGAGACAAAUAACCCAACUACUUACUACUAAGCCAGCGUGAUUUCAUCAUCUCGAAUGUUUACGAGGUAGGAUCGUUUUCUUUGAAGAACCAUAUUUUUGGAGACCUGGCCCCUCGUUUUGUGGAGGCGGCCUCUCUUCUGAAUAAUAAAGGACAGCAAAUAACUCGG